AUGAAUCCGGUGGACGGAGGAGGAGAACCGGGCCCGGACGGCCUGGCGACGGCAGGUUGUGGCAAAGCCGAGUGUGUCCGGGCGGUCGAUGUUCUGACGGUGCUCAGAGAGAAAGUGGCCUUUGUGUCGGGCGGACGGGACAAACGAGGCGGACCAAUCCUGACCUUCCCUGCCAGGACCAAUCACGAUCGAAUAAAACAGGAGGACCUCAGCCGACUGGUCACUUACCUGUCGACCAUACCCAGCGAGGACGUGCGUGCUCGUGGCUUCACCGUGGUGGUGGACAUGCGCGGCAGUAAGUGGGACAGCGUGAAGCCGGUGCUGCGAACGCUGCAGGAGUCAUUUUCCUCCAACAUCCACACAGCGCUGCUCAUCAAACCCGACACCUUCUGGCAGAAACAUAAGACCAACCUGGGCAGCGCCAAGCUCAGCUUCGAGACCAGCCUGGUGUCGGUGGAGGGUCUGUCCCGGCUCGUCGACCCCUCACAGCUGACCUCCGACCUCGGCGGCUCGCUGGAGUAUGACCAUGUGGAGUGGACCGAGCUGCGUCUGGGCCUGGAGGAAUUCUCAGGCGCCGCCACGCAGCUGCUGGCCCAGCUGGAGCAGCUGGAGGCUGGGCUGAACCGCAUACCAGAACCACAGGACGUCGACGAGGCCCGCAAACUGCUCGAGGAACACGGUCGCCUCCGUAACACCAUCGCCACCGCACCAGUCGACGCUCUCGACCGAGAGGGGCGGAGCUUACUCCAGCGCAUGCGCCUCGGCCCCUCACACGGCGACGCCUCCAACGAAGGCGGCGGUGGUGGCGGCAGCCAUGGCAGCUGGCUGUCGGGCGGGGCGGACUUCCAGAGCGUGGCGCCCAAGGUUUCGUCUCUGCUGGACCGGCUGCAGGCGGCUCGCAGCCACCUGCUGCAGAGCUGGAGCGACAGGAAGCUGCACCUGGACCAGGCGCUGCAGCUGCACCUGUUUGAGCAGGACGCCACCAAGAUGUCCGAAUGGAUCGCUCACAGUAAGGAACUGUUCAUGCAGAGUCUGGCGGAGGUUGGUCAGAACCACCAGCAUGCCGUCGACCUCCAGACACAACACCAGCACUUCACCGCCAACUGCAUGAACGGCAGCGUGAACGUGGACAGCGUGGUUACCGUGGCAGCGAGGCUCGCAGAGGCUGGUCACUAUGGUGCGGAGAGGAUCGCCAUGGUGUCGUCGCGGUUACAGGAAGACUGGAAGUCCCUGACGACAGCGCUGGAGGAGCGCAGCAACACUCUCGCCAUGGCAACUGGUUUCCACCAGGGGGCAGAACAGUUCCUGCUCCGGGUCGAGGGCUGGGUCCAGGUGUGCUCCGAAGGGUCGUUGCCGUCGGCGACAGCAGAGCUGGAAGCUGCAGUUAAAAAACACCAGGAGCUCAACGAGGAGAUCUCUGCCAACUACACACAGGUCAGUGAGAGCGGUAAAGCCUUAUUGGACGUCCUCCAGCGUUGCCCGGCGACUGAGUCUGACGACUCGGCCGCCAAACCAGACUUCACCGCCGCCACGCACGGCAUCAUGGGAGUGCUACACCAGGUGUUGCAGGGUCAUCACGAGGUGGAGGGGGCGUGGCAGCACCGUAAGCUCCGCCUCCACCAGCGCCUGCAGCUGUGCGUGUUUCAACAAGACGUCAGACAGGUGUUGGACUGGGUGGAGCAGCACGGCGAGGUCUUCCUGAACAAACACAGCGGCGUCGGGAAGUCGCUGCACCGAGCGCGAGCGCUGCAGAAACGUCACGACGACUUCCAGCAGGUGGCGCAGAACACGUACACGAACGCAGAGAAGCUGCUGGAGGCGGCCGACCAGCUGGCUCAGUCCGGAGAGUGUGAAGAGGAGGAGAUCUACCAGGCGGCCCGAGACCUGGAGCUCCGCAUGCAGGCCUUCAUCCAGCGGGUUGAACAGAGGAAGCUGCUGUUAGAUCUCGCUGUGUCCUUCUACACACACACAAAGGAGCUCUCCGUGUGGAUGGAGGGCCUCCAGAAGCAGCUCUCCUCGGACCUCCUCGUCUGCCCGGACACCGUGGAGGCGCUGCAGGCUCUGAUCAGCCAGCAGCAGCAGCAGCAGGCAAACACUCAGGAAGCUGCGAUGAGCGUCAUCCGGGAGGGAGAAGACCUCAUCCUCCAGCUCAGGCCCCAGGGCAGCUCGGUGGCCCACGUGGAGUCAGUGCUGCAGCAGCUGGAGGAGUCCCACGUUCAGCUGGAGGAGCUUUUCCACCAGAGGAAGAUCCGCCUGGACGUCUACUUGCAGCUCCGCAUCCUGCAGCAGUGCACGCUGGAGGUAACCGGGGAAAUAGACGCCUGGAAACAAGACCUCCAGAAACAGUCCCAGGACUUUUCCACCGAGAAGCUAGCAUCGCCACGGCUCGCUGACACCAACCAGGACAAGAUGGCCCAGGACAAGCUAGCACUGAGCCAGUCACGGCUAGUGGAGGCUAGCCCCGAGGCGCUAACGCUAGCACAGCAGCGUAUUCACAGGCACAUGGAGCGGAGGCUGGCUAUGAACAACAUGAUUUAUGAGGUCAUCCAGCAGGGUCACGACCUCCAGCAGUACAUCACCGAGGUCCAGGCGUCAGGUAUCGAGCUGUCGGAGGCCGAGGGAGGAAUCUCCGCUCAGGUGGACGAGCUGCAGCGCCUCCUGCAGGACAAGCAGAAGGAGCUGCAGCAGAUCGCCGACCACACGCACACACACCUGGAGCAGAACCUGCAGCUGAGACACCUGCAGAGCCAGGUCAAACAGGUGCUGGGCUGGAUCUCCGAGGGAGAGGUGAUGCUGUCGUCCUGCAUGUUGAACUCCAGCUGCCUGUCCGAAGCCGAGCAGCUGCAGCGGGAACACGAGCGCCUCCAGCAGGCCAUCGAGGCUCUUCUUCAUGCUGACUCGUUGCAGAGGACCCACCAGGUGGCGCUGGCUCUGCAGCAGAGAGCCGAGCUGCUAGUCCGGUCAGGACACUACGAUCCAGAUGCAGUGAGGUCUUGUGCCCAGACGGUGGCGCUGCACUGGCAGACGCUGAUGCUGAGGAUUGAAGACAGGCUCAAACUGGUCAAUGCAUCCGCCGCCUUCUACAGGACAUCGCAGCAGGUGUGCGGUGUCCUGGAGAGUCUGGAGCAGGAGUACCGGCGGGAGGAGGACUGGUGUGGAGGAGGCGACCGGCAGCCGGAGCAGCUGCUGCCGCUCAUCAACAAACACAUGGAGCAGAAGGAGGCUUUCCUGAAGGCCUGCACUCUGGCCAGACGCAACGCCGAAGUUUUCCUCAAGUACAUCCACCGCAACAGCGUUACCAUGGCGAACAUCUCCGGCCACAGCGUCACUGUCUCCGGGGUAACGGAGGUGACCGGCCACUCCAGGGUUCCAGAGCAGCAGGUCAAAGGAAUCCUCAGCGAGCUGCUGCAGCGGGAAAACAGAGUCCUGCAUUUCUGGACGCUUAAGAAACGUCGACUGGACCAGUGUCAGCAGUACUUGAUGUUCCAGAGCCACGCCCAGCAGGCUCUGGAUUGGCUGCAGCAGUCAGGUGACCACUACCUAGCAACACACACGUCGCCGGGGGCAACAGUCGCUGAGACGCAAGAACUGCUGAACCAACACAGAGAGUUCUGUGUUUCUGCAAAGCACACCCAGGAGAAGGUUCACCUGCUGAUCCAGCUGGCUGAGAGCAUGCUGGCUAAAGGCCACGCCCACCGCACCGAGCUGCGCCGCUGCGUGUCCACGGUGGACAAACGUUACCGCGACUUCACCGUCCGGAUGGGCCAGUACCGCCACCUGCUGGAGACGGCGCUGGGGGGCUGCUCGCAGGACAACAAGGACCUGGAGCUGGAGCUCAUCCCCAACAGUCUGUCCGACUCCGACCCAGAGGUCAACCUGUCCGACCCCAGCCACCAGGUCAGCGACGAGAAGAGACGCUCCGCCCGCAAGAAAGAGUACAUCAUGGCCGAGCUCCUCCAGACCGAGAGAGUCUACGUCAGAGAUCUGCAGGAGUGUAUCGAGACGUACCUGUGGGAGAUGACGAGCGGCUCGGAGGACGUCCCACCUGGUCUGGCCAACAAGGACGACAUCGUGUUCGGAAACAUCCAGGACAUCUACGAGUUCCACAACAGUAUUUUCCUGAAGGAGCUGGAAAACUACGAGCAGCUUCCCGAGGACGUGGGCCACUGCUUCGUUACCUGGGCGGAUAAGUUCCACAUGUACGUGACGUACUGCCGGAACAAACCCGACUCCAGCUUACUGAUCCAGCAGCACGGCGUCGGGUUCUUCGAGGAGGUCCAGAGGAGACACGGUUUGGCCAACUCCAUCUCCUCGGCUCUGAUCAAACCCGUCCAGAGGAUCACCAAAUACCAGCUGCUGCUCAAGGAGCUGCUGGCCUGCUGCGAGGAGGGAAAAGGCGAGAUCAAGGAAGGCCUCGACGUGAUGCUGAGCGUCCCCAAGAGAGCUAACGACGCUAUGCACGUUAGCAUGCUGGAAGGUCUGGAGGAGGGUCUGGAGGUGCAGGGCGAGCUCCUCCUGCAGGACUCCUUCCUGGUCUGGGAGCCCAAGUCGCUGAUCCGAAAGGGGCGGGACCGACACCUCUUCCUGUUCGAGCUGUCACUCAUCUUCAGCAAAGAGAUCAAAGACUCGUCUGGACGAACCAAAUACCUGUACAAGAGCAGGCUGAGGACCUCGGAGCUGGGCGUGACGGAGCACAUCGAGGGCGACCCCUGCAAGUUCGCUCUGUGGGUCGGACGGACGCCCACCUCCGACAACAAGACCGUCCUGAAGGCGUCGUCUCUGGAGCUGAAGCAGGAGUGGGUUCGCAGCAUCCGCCAGGUGAUCCAGGAGAGGCGGGGCCACCUGCGGGGGGCGCUGCGGGAGCCCAUCCCCCUCCCGAAGACGCCGAACCCGACGUUGGGUCGGCAGCGGAGCAUCACGCGCAGGGAGACGAGCGAAGACGCCGACAGCCUCGGCGAUGCCAGCAGCCAACCCGACACCGUGUCCAUCGCCUCCCGGACGUCGCAGAACACCGCCGACAGCGACAAGGAGGGCCUGCUGCCGAUGAGCGCCCUCUGCCUGUCACACUCCCACAGUGCGGCCGACAUGGAGGGCCUGGUUCCAGCCUCCACCACGGCCUCCAGCACCUCCUCCACCACCACCACCUCCUCCUCCUGCAACUCCUCCUCCACCACCACCACCUCCAACUCCUCGUCCAGCACCGGCAGGG